UUCAAGUGAUGUCCGACCUCCUCUGGUUCCAGUCUCCUCUGCCCGAGCCGCCCUUCCAUGGAAGGGCGGCUGAUUCAUGAGACUACCCCGAGGCUUAGUCUCUAGCUAGCUAGCUUGGGGAUCCCUCUGCUGGUACAUGGUUAAGCAGUGAGUCUCUGUCUCGGUCUGGCUGAGUGCCCCUCCGAGAGCUGUUGCAAGGAGAAUGAGUGAUCUCAAGCUCCUAGACAACUUCUGCCAUCCCAUAUCUGAUUUCUGGUGGCAUGGUCCAAACUGCCCUGAUAACAGGACCAGUUGCUACGAUGAGGUGGACCUGUCUCUGUGCUUUGGGGACUCAGCCAUAUUCUACGGCAUUGUGGCGCUGUUCAUGGUUCUAGCUGCCGUCUUGUUUCUCUGUGAAAGUGGAAUCAGACCGAGAAUACAUGUUGGACUACUUCACAUUGCAAAGAUCCUGCUGUUGUUGGUCCCCCUGGUAACUGCACUGUGUGACCUUGGCUACACCAUCCACCAGGGUGUGUGGGGGGAGGAGGGCUCAGUGGCACAAUACCAGUACGCCACUCCCUCCGUACUGGCACUCUCAAUGGUGGUUUGUCUACUGGUAAUGCACAGAGACAGAAUUGUAGGACAGCGAUCUUCUGGUAUCUUGUUCUUGUUUUGGCUGGGACUGGUCAUCUAUGGCACCAUCAAAUUGAGGACACUCUCGCUGCUCUCCAUCGACAAUAAUGGUGUUCAAGAUGUGUUCAGGUUCGUCACAUUUGUGCUCCAGUAUGUGACCUAUAUAGCACAGUGUGUGUUGAGCUUAUUCCAGGAGCCAAAAUCCAAGUACUCUGUCAUUGAUCCAUCUCAGCGCCGGCCAUGUCCAGAGUCGGAGGCCACCUUCCUCUCUCAGAUCACAUGGUGGUGGCAGAAUGGACAGAUCUGGUACGGUUGGAGACACCCACUCAAGCACAAGGACCUGGCUGACCUCAAUGUGGAAGACAAGUCUGCAGUAGUCGCACCACAAUUCCGGAAACAUUGGGACAAUGAGAUUAAGAAGGCUGGUAUCAGGUUCAGUGAGCCCCUCAGAGAGACUCUCCACCGCUACCAGUCCUUCAGCGAAUCCCAGCUUCACAGCUCCAGCUUUGAGCCUCCGGUCCAGUUGCCACAGAGACAGACAGAGCCUUCUUUGGUAUGGGCUCUUACCAAGACGUUUUGGAUUGUCUUCCUCACCUCAGGCUUCUUCAAAUUACUUCAAGAUCUCCUCGCCUUUGUCAGCCCUCAGCUACUCAGACUCAUGAUAAACUUCACCAGUGACACAAAAGAGGCGUCCUGGCACGGCUACCUGUACGCCGUCCUCCUGUUCUUGACAGCUGUUGUCCAGUCCCUUCUAUUGCAUCAGUAUUUUCAUCGUGUGUUUCGCAUGGGCAUGAGAAUAAGAACUGCCAUUAUCACUGCUGUAUACGAUAAGUCUCUUCGUCUGAGCAACAAGGCUCGUCGCACCAGCACAGUCGGAGAGAUAGUCAACCUCAUGUCAGUAGAUGCUCAGAGAUUCAUGGACCUCAUGACGUUCAUUCAUACCAUCUGGUCUGCCCCUCUACAAAUCAUCAUCGCUCUCGUGUUUCUCUAUGAUACUAUGGGUCCUUCCAUCUUCGCUGGAUUUGGAGUGAUGUUACUAAUGAUUCCAAUCAACGCUGUGAUUGCUGCCAUCAAUAGGAAACUGCAAGUGAAGCAGAUGCUGUUCAAAGACUCGAGGAUUAAACUGAUCAAUGAAGUCCUUAAUGGAAUCAAAGUGAUCAAACUGUAUGCAUGGGAGCGUCCAUUUGAGAAGAUGGUGUUUGGGAUACGAGACAAAGAGUUAGACGUUCUAAAGAAGGCAGCCUACCUCAAUGCAGCUUCCACUUUUACAUGGACCUGUGCUCCCUUCCUGGUCUCUUUGGCAACAUUUGCCACAUACACCCUGAUCAACCUAGACAACCCUGAUGAGAGACUAACUGCUGACAAAGCAUUUGUUGCUUUAUCGCUGUUCAACAUCCUACGGUUUCCCCUCUCCAUGCUACCCUACCUCAUAUCAAUGCUUGUGCAGGUUAGUGUUUCUGUGAAGCGAUUACGGACGUUCUUGAAGAAUGAUGAACUGGAUUCAAACACUGUCACUUGGAAGGAGGAGCCUGCCUUUGGUAAGGAAACCUCUGUGGCAAUGAGUAAUGGGACGUUCUUGUGGGAUGAUGAGAGCAGCAAGGCCACACUGAGCGGAGUGGACUUUGAUGUGAAGGCUGGUCAGCUGGUGGCAGUGGUGGGUCACGUGGGGGCAGGCAAGUCCUCCCUCAUCCAGGCCCUCCUCGGAGAGAUGGACAAGACACAGGGACAAGUGUCAGUCAAGGGCAGAGUGGCUUACGUUUCUCAACAAGCCUGGAUCCAAAAUGCCACAGUCAAGGACAAUAUUCUGUUUGGGAAGCAGAUAAAUGGCAUACUGUAUGGCAAGUGUCUAAAUGGAUGUGCUCUGGAGCCUGACCUUGAGAUCAUGCCAGGAGGAGACAUGACCGAGAUCGGGGAGAAGGGCAUCAACCUGAGUGGUGGUCAGAAGCAGAGAGUGAGUUUAGCUCGUGCAGUGUACCAGGAGGCCGAUGUCUACCUCCUGGACGACCCUCUCAGUGCUGUGGACUCUCAUGUUGGCAAACACAUUUUUGACAAAGUGAUCGGCCCUGGUGGAAUGCUCAGAGGAAAGGCCCGAGUCUUGGUGACGCAUGGCGUUGGGUUCCUGUCGCAGUGUGACAAGAUUGUGGUGAUGGUAGAGGGGAAGGUGACUGAGACGGGCACCUACACUGAGCUCAUUGAGAACAAUGGAGCAUUUGCCGAGUUCCUCAGAAACUUCAGCAAUAUGGACAAUGAAGAGGGGGAUGAUGGGCCAGCUGUAAACGAGUACUUUGAGUUUGAGGACAAUGUAGAGGCUGCCUUGGACGAUCCCAUGGAGGUACUCUCUGACACCCUAUUGGCCGACACCGAGAUGAGACAGGCAAGGAGACGCCACAUUGAGAGGCGAGAGUCUGGGGAUGGGCUUCAGCAACAGUCGUUACAUGACUCUCGGAGACGAAAGUCAUCAGUUAGCUCACUAAAACGACAUUCAUCUCAGACCUCACUGAAUAGGCAGAUUUCUAAACAGUCUCUAGGAGGUGAGAGUGAGAAGGCGACUGAGAAGACAGCCCUUAUCACGGAGGAGAGAGCAGAGACAGGUACUGUCAGACCAGCAGUCAUCGUCUCCUACAUCAGGGCCUGCACUUGGCUCAUGACUGGACUCACAAUACUCUUUUAUAUUGCCACUAACGUCGCUUCUGUUAGUUCCAAUUUCUGGCUGGCUGAAUGGAGCAAUGCUGAGGGCAAGUUUAAUACUGCCAACUUCUCAGCUGUAUCAUUCUGUGAUCACCCUGACGUGGGAUGCUACCUCGGAGUGUACGCUGGUGUUGGAAUCUCACAAGCUUUGUUCGUCCUCAUUGCCUCCUUCACUCUCGCUAUAGCCGGUAUCUUGGCCUCACGAACCUUACACACUGGAAUGCUCAAGAACGUCUUACGAUCUCCAAUGUCUUUCUUUGACACCACUCCAUUGGGACGGAUAUUGAACAGAUUUUCAAAGGACAUUUAUAUGAUUGAUGAUGUAAUUCCAAGGUCACUGAGGUCGUUCCUGUUUACCCUCUUUUCUGUAAUCAGCACGAUCAUUGUCAUCAUGAUUGCCACGCCUACGUUUGGGGUUGUCAUCAUACCGCUAGGCAUAUUCUACUUGUUGGUCCAGCGCUUCUACGUGGCCACGUCUCGUCAGCUGAAGCGACUGGAGUCCAUCACCCGCUCACCUAUCUACUCACACUUCCAAGAGACAAUCACUGGAGCCUCCACCAUCAGGGCUUAUCGCAAGCAGGAGAGGUUCAUGCUAGAGAGUCAGUCCAGAGUGGACUACAACCAGAUCGCCUACUACCCAAGCAUCUGUGCUAACAGAUGGCUGGCCAUUCGUCUCGAGUUUGUUGGUAAUCUGAUCAUCUUUUUUGCUGCUCUGUUUGCUGCCCUUCAAAGAAACUUCCCCGAUCAGCUUCCUGGGAUCAAUGCCGGCCUAGUGGGUCUGUCCAUCAGCUACUCAUUGCAGGUGACACAAGCCCUCAACUGGGUGGUUCGUAUGACUAGUGAGCUGGAGACCAACAUCGUAGCUGUUGAGAGGACUAAAGAGUACGCAGAAGCCCCCACUGAAGCCCCGCCCAUUGUGGAGUCUCACCGCCCCCCUCCCGUGUGGCCUAGCCAAGGACAUGUUAAGUUUGACCAGUACUCCACUCGCUAUAGAGAGGGACUGGACCUAGUCCUCCGGAAUAUCUCAGCAGAGAUCCCAGGAGGAACAAAGGUUGGUAUAGUGGGUCGUACUGGAGCUGGCAAGUCGUCACUCACCCUGGCUCUGUUCAGGAUCAUUGAGUCGGCUGGAGGCUCGAUCUUCAUUGACAAUGUCAACAUUGCUGUGUUUGGUUUGGACGACCUCAGGUCUAGAAUCACCAUCAUACCACAGGAUCCAGUUUUGUUCUCGGGGACUCUCAGGGUGAACCUUGACCCCUUUGACACCCAUACCGACCAGGAGGUGUGGUCAGCAUUGGAGAGUGCCCACCUUAGUACUUUUGUAUCUGGUCUCGACAAAGGCUUGCAACACGAGGUGGCAGAGGGCGGGGAAAACCUCGGUGUUGGUCAGCGUCAACUGGUGUGUCUGGCUCGAGCUCUCCUCCGUAAGACCAAGAUUCUGGUGUUGGACGAGGCCACAGCUGCCGUGGACCUGGAGACUGAUGACCUCAUCCAGAAGACCAUACGAACAGAGUUUGCUGACUGCACCGUAAUCACCAUUGCACACAGACUCAACACCAUCAUGGACUAUGACAUGGUGAUGGUGCUGGACUCUGGCAGGAUUGCUGAGUAUGACUCUCCCACUGGUCUCCUCUCUGACCACAAGUCUACCUUCUACUCCAUGGCCAAGGAUGCUGGACUGGUGUAGUUACUCAUCGACAUCGAUUGUUAAUAAUACAUCACAAUCAUCUGUUGUCUCGUGUCUCGAUCAAUCAUUGUUUUAUCUCAUGAAAUAAGUUGUCACAGUGUUGUUUGUUUUGAUGUACAGUUCCAUAUGUUUUUUGUAAUUAAUAAAUCUGCUAUAAAUUUAUGACUGAUGUAUA